AUGGACGACACGUCGACGUCGACGACGACGCGCACGCCCAGGGACCACGAGGCGGGGAUGAUGCCGCGCGCACCGCUCUCGACGUCCGACGACGAGGCGCUGUGGGUGUUUGGAUACGGCUCCAUCGUGUGGCGCGUCGGUUUCGAGUACGAGGAGGCGACGGCGCCCGUGUGCGCGCGAGGAUUCAGACGACGGUUCUAUCAAGGAUCGACGGAUCAUCGCGGGACGACGGAGUUUCCGGGGCGAACGGCGACGUUGGAACGGUGCGACGACGGUGAGGUGUGCUGGGGCGCGGCGUACAAAGUAUCCGCGGCGAACCGCGCCGAGGUGCUCGAAUAUUUAGAGGUUCGGGAGAAGCAGUACGACGAGAGGAUCGAGAUGGACCUGUACGACGUCGACGACGCGUCUGCAUCGCCCGUGAUCUCGAACGCGGUGACGUACAUCGCGACGCCGGCGGAGAUUAAUCUCAACUGGCUCGGAAACGCGGACGACUUGGCGGAACAAAUCGCAAAAGCGCGAGGACCGUCCGGGGAGAACAGCGAGUAUUUAUACAAUCUAUGCGCGGCGCUGCGAGGGAUGGACAUCGAGGACGAUGAUUUAUACGCCCUAGAGGCGCGCGUUCGAAUGCUGAGGGGCGAUUGA